AAAUGGAUAAAAUUAACAUUAAUAACGACUGUCUGUGACCGAUCCACAUCUUAUCCAACGACAAACGAGUUGGACAGUCGCGUGUGAUAUAUGCCUUAGGAAAGUUUCUCGAAGAAGGUAGAUCGACAGUACCUUUGGAACUUUCUUGUCCAAAUUGUCCCAGGAGCGAUCAGCCGGUAUCUCUAUUGAUAACAGUUUGAUUUUUCGGCAUGGACUCGGAGGAAUACGGCAACGAAUUGUCGAGAAACGAGUCAGAAAAUGAUAGCACUAAUGAAGAAUGCGCUCAUUCGCCUAUAUUGUUGGAUCUAGAUAAAAAUUCUAAGCAACAGCAAGAAAUUUUAAGUCAAGAAGAAAGCUCACCGUCUAAAAUUCCCAACGUCGACCAAUAUUUGCAGAAUCAAUUAAUAAGACAUGGGUCAGAAAAUACAAAUAUAUCUCGACGACACUUUGUGAGAAGAUCAUGGCAGGAUGAAAACUUCGAAGAUCGUCAACAAAAUAACGAUCGAGUAUUUGUGAUAAGAGUUCCCGAGCCGGAAGUGAUAAACACUCAUCCUCAUCUAGAAAUUCUUCAUGAAACGAACAUAAAAUCGAUCCAAAGAGAACCAUCGCAAACUGAGAAAGUUUUAUUCUCAGAUUACAAAAAAUCAGCUUGCGACCGUGAACGGACAAGAAUGCGUGACAUGAAUCGUGCUUUCGAACUUCUACGAUCGAAGCUUCCGAUUUGUAAACCACCCGGCAAAAAGCUUUCAAAGAUCGAAUCACUUAGGCAUGCGAUUACGUACAUACGACAUCUCCAAAGUCUUUUAGAACCACAAUACAGUUACCCUCCGAGCGUAUCUGAGAGGAGCUACUAUGCUAAUAGUACACCAAUUACUACAAAUACUUCUUUGGAUAUGCAACAUACACCUCGAUGGGAAUCGUUAGCUUAUUGUCGUUACGAUUAUCACGCACCGUUCGUUAAUCCCUCGUUGUCAACGUUAUCUUCAUCUAUUCACUCUCGAGUACAACCGGAACAAAAUGAUCGACAAUUUUUUUACGAAGCGCGACAUUAAUACACUCGCAAUGAAAUUGCCAUAAAUCUUCUUAGGAUCUUUCAAGCAGAAAUGAUGUACGAUUUCAAUCUCUACAACAAGAAAUGGAUAUUUAAUUAAAAGUAAUUAGUAAACCAUAAUUACCGUAUUGAAUACUUUAUGUGCCCGGUAUGAAGUUUCUAGUACGGUCUUUAUAGGAGAGGGAAUGAAAUACGCUUAUUUAAUGCAUCUCUACAGAAGACCUUUGCAUAAAUUAUUGUAUUAGUCCUAGAGUGCAAGCUCUCAGGACCAUCUGGUUAGUGAGGACGCGGCACCUCGGCUCUAGUUUGCAACAUGAGCCAUAUGCUAUACUCUGCUGCUUCUGUGAGUUCAAGAAAGUCGAAAACGGAGAAAAAGAGGUCCAAUUUAUACUUGAAAUGAAAUUUUUCUACUAUUCACUGAAAUCCAUGCAUGACUUAUGAUGGGUGAAAUUAACUCUGAGGGGUUAUCAUAUAUUAGCUCGUAAGAGCCGCUGAAUUAAGUAGCCCGGUUUCUCAUUUGCAUUGAGUAAACGACGAUAAUUAAUAUUUAAUUAAACAUUUAAAUAUUUUGGAUUUCUAUAUUCAGGAGGAUUUUUGAAGAAUAUUUAGGGAAGAUCUUUAUGAAGUGAAAGUAAUCGUACCACCGCGCAUCGCUGGUAAAUUAAUCUUUUUCGAAUAAAUAAUUUUUGGUAAUUUUACGGAAUUGAAUAAAAAAAACAAGUUUCACAUAUUCCGGAUUAUUGAACUUGCUUUUACGUUUAGAGGAUAAUACAAUAUUUUAUAAAAUUUAA